AUGGCGUGGAGUACCUUGUUGUUCCGAGGCUUGGAGGUCUGGCUCACUGCUCGACUCCUCCGAAGCCCCAUCUUCCAUCGCAUGGUGGGCCGAAUUCACGAGAAAGUCCAACACGUCCGGCACGGUGCGCCCCAGGAAACCAGACUCGAGAAUGAGGGCUCCGGGCUCAAGCAGUUCUUCAACUACUUUAAAGAAGAGCUCAAGGAUCAGGCGAAAGGAAACCCGCGCAACAAAUUGUGA